ACCACAGGUACUAUUUUGUCUAAAAGUAAAUAUCAAUAGCGGCGGGAAGAUAUACAAUAAAAAACAAUAAAAUAUCUCUAUAAAACAAAAUAGUCGGCUCAUUGAGGACGUGUCACAUCUUUGACCACAUUCAGACCGCUGCAUGGACCUACUUUGCUGAUCUGGUCCAAGCGUCAGCAUGUCCCCACCGGACUCCAACCCUCCACUUGCAAUACCACUUAAAUUUCCUUUUCAAGUCCGUAUCCUCUUGCAACCCCCUAUAUUAAUAUCUUUAUAUCAUCUCUUAUCUCUCUUAUUUUGCCUCUGUACCAGUUAUUAUAUACAAUUUAUCCGAUAACAACCUCCGAUUAGAUCUCUGAUCUAGGUUCUUGAAUAGUCAAUUGCUUAAUUUGUUACGAAUCGUUAAUUUUGAAUAUAGAAUUUGUGUUAAAAACCUAAAAUCAAUCAAUAUGAAUAAUCAUGAUAAAUCACAAUCAUCUGGUGAUCGAGAUGCCGAUGAUCAGCAGAAAUCACCGGAAGGUUCAUCAUCGUUAUCUCGUGGUCAGGCUUCUACGGAUGCGGUUUCCGGAGAUUCGUCGACAAGGAGGAACGGAAAUAGAAUCGGACUUGCGGCACGUUUGACCGAUUUGUUUGUUGGUGAUGGAGAUAACGAUGACGAAUUGUUGAUACAACGGAGCGUUCAAGGGACGGUUAUGCAGUGGCUACAUGCGCUUGAUAUGCAGGUGAUGGGAGCCUGUCGUGCCGAUGAGAGGUUGAAGCCCUUGCUAAAGCUUAACGUGUGUAGUGGCGUGACUGAGGAUCGAUUGCUGUCGCAUCUGAGCCAGCACUUUGAGCCAUCAGAAGUUGGUUUGCUUGCAAGGUGCUUGUGUGUUCCGCUUGUGUCCAUUCGUGUUGGCAAGAUCGACAAGCAAGGGACUCUUCUAAUUCCAAACAGUAGAAGGUAACUGGGCGUGUUCUAUUAUGAUCUCUGAAUUAAGAAGAAGUAAAGGGGAAACUUAAGUCUCUCACUGUUGCCAACAUCCGACCUGUGCAUAUCCUUUCUUGGAGAUGAUGGUGAUGUGGAGCGUCUUUCAACCUUAAGAAAUAUCUCUGAUUGCUUGUCUGUCAUGAUUGAGGGAAUAUCUGCAGAUAGUUCAGGGCGAUCUUUUAUGAUCAGGGUUCCUAGUGGUGAUCCUUUUUACUUCUGGUGCUCAGAGAAGUCCAGACUUGUUGGUUAUGAGUUGCUUGAGAAGAUGAGGAAUCUGCUUGAGAAGAAGCCUUCCCUUGCUGAUUUAACUGGAAUUAGUGAUUCUCGGCUUAAAUGUUUUGUAACUCAUCUUCGAACUUAUCUUGUUGGGGCAAAUACUCAAGUCAGUAAUAAUGCUGCACAUGUGUCAAUAACUACUCCUUCCUCCACGACCUCUUUAGACCAACCUCUAACUCUAAGUGAAGCUGUCAAUAGUUCACAAUCGGCAUCAUCAAAGUCUUCAUGUGGUAGUGGUAGUGGUAAUGGCAGUGUACUCCAAGGUAGCCUGAGUCCUAGGCCAAGCUCUUUCAAAGAAGGCCCACCAAGAAACUUGGGUUCUUUGAAAAAUGUUGUGAAAGAGAAAUUGAGGCCAAAGGUGGAGGCUGGCAAUGGCAGUGUUGAAAAUUCCGAAAGCCUUUCUGCCAAUACAUCAUCAUGUCUUUCAAAUCAGUCUGUUAAAGAUAAGAUUCCUGAGAUCCACCUGUUCCCACUGGUAAGUGGGUUAGAGGCUGGUCUGACCGAGAAUACAGUAGACACAGUGCCCCUGUCCCCAAUUCCUUCCAUCUCCAUGAGCAUGACACCAUCUCUGUUUUCUCCAUAUUAUUGUUGGUGUCCACCUGGACCUUCCACUCUCCAGUACACAGUGGCACCUGCACAGAUGACGCCCAUGUCAAUGUCAAUGUCAAUGUCAAUGGCGGACUCCUUUACCUUACCACCCCUUUCUUCACUUCUUGCAGGCUCGUCAUCAUCCGACCUUUUAGCAGCACCUAAACCAAGUCCUCUUAAUCUGGAUGAAAUCCCACCUUUCCUACCUGAAUCAACUUCUCAACAGUUCCCAACUUUCACUCCCCUAAUGACCGAUUCUAUAGUGCACAUCCCUGUAAUAGACAUUUGCUCUUCGGGACAAGCCUACCUGGUGAGUGCUGGUCCUGGUAUUCCACCCCUCCACCACCACCUCCCGUUGAUCCAACAAACCGAUUCCAUGGCGGAGAAGAGCGCAAGGGAUACACUACGGCUUCUCAUCAGCGGAUCAAGUCAGCUGCCCUCUGUUCUAGCCACUGUCGGUGGGAACCAAUUCCAAAACGGAAGCCGGGGUCUGUAUGGGGGAGCUACAGACGUGAACCAUGCCAUUGCAAACAGCAUCGCGGCUAUGGGCAUGGUUUCACUGAGUGACAGGAGGAGGUUCAUUUACCAAGGUGAUCUGGUUGAUCUCCUAGGAGAAGACUCAGGUGGUGGAAUUGGAACUCGUCCCAAUGAUGACGACCAAUCAAGCUUCUCAGAUUCCGCGACAGGGAAAACCCUGUAAUAUGAAAAUAUGACUGUAGAUCCUUGUUUUUGUUGUUAAAUUCCAAGAUAAAACAAGUGUAGAUAUAUAUCUUUUUUUUAUUUGUUUUUUGGGGUGCAAAUGAUUGUGUAACCAGACUGGAAAGCAUAAGGCUAUACUAUGUGUUUUACUAUGUACUCCUCCAUUCGGUGCA